GCUGCGCGCCGGGCGCUCCAUGGCCGCGGCCGCCCCGGGCAUCUCUAUGGCAGCGGGUGCUGCCCGGGCCCGGCGGUGGGAGGAUGCCCCUGGCUGCCUACUGCUUCCUGCGGGCCGUGGGCAAGGGCAGCUACGGGGAGGUGAGCCUGGCGCGGCACCGCCAGGACCGCAAGCAGUAUGUCAUCAAAAAAUUAAACCUUAGAAGUGCUUCCAGCCGUGAGAGGAGAGCAGCAGAGCAAGAGGCACAGCUUCUGUCCCAGCUGAGACACCCCAACAUUGUCACCUACAGAGAGUCCUGGCAGGGGGAUGAUGGCCACCUCUACAUUGUGAUGGGCUUCUGUGAGGGAGGAGACCUCUAUCACAAACUCAAGGAGCAGAAGGGAAAACUCUUGCCUGAGAAUCAGGUGGUGGAGUGGUUUGUCCAGAUUGCCAUGGCACUGCAGUAUUUACAUGAAAAGCACAUUCUACACAGAGAUCUUAAAACUCAGAAUAUUUUCCUGACACGAACAAAUAUAAUCAAAGUGGGAGACCUGGGAAUAGCCAGAGUGUUGGAAAACCAAUAUGACAUGGCCAACACACUCAUAGGCACCCCAUACUACAUGAGCCCUGAACUCUUCUCUAACAAACCCUACAACUACAAGUCUGAUGUUUGGGCCUUGGGCUGCUGUGUUUAUGAGAUGGCGACACUGAAACACGCUUUCAAUGCCAAGGACAUGAACUCCUUGGCUUACCGAAUUAUUGAAGGGAAGCUGCCACCCAUGCCAAAGGAUUACAGCCCACAGCUGGUAGAAAUAAUACAAACUAUGCUCAAUAAAAAACCUGAGGAAAGACCUAGUGUGAAAAGCAUCCUGCGACAGCCAUAUAUUAAACAACAGAUUUCUUUGUUUCUGGAAGCCACAAAGGCGAAAGCUGCUAGAAAUCAUAAGAAAACAGUGAAUUCUAAGCCUAAAGACCCUUGUUCUGUCGUCUCAGCAAAGAAUGAAUCUCACAGCAGGAAUGUUACACACCAAAACCACUCCUCUGAGCAAGCUAGAAAAUACAAAGUUGAUGAAGAAGAUUGCGUCACCAAAUGUAAAGCCACCAAAUUUUGUCCCUCAGAGAAACCAGCUGUUGAGUUGGAAAGAAAACCAAGCAAAAAUGAUCUGACCAGCUUGGGAGACUCCAUAGCUACCAUCAGUGGAGUGAACAUUGAUGUCUCCAUGUCAGAGAGGAUGAAGUGUGGAAGGGAGAAGCGUGGCAGUGAGAGUAUUACAGAGAGUAAUAAAGCAAAGCAUUUACAUGUUCCAGGCCAUUCUAAAAUAACAUCUAAUAACCCACCAAUUAAGGAAGAUGGACAACAGCAAAGAGCAAAACAGGCUUUUAAAGCUGAAAGUAUUGAGUCUCAGCCAUCUUCUGUUGAUUCUGUGGAAGAUGAUGAUGACACUUUGAAACUACUGCAGCCUGUAUCAAAAGACCAAAAGCAAACUGAGCUGAGCUUGGAUUCUACUGAAAAGCUGCUAGCACCCUUUGUUCCUGCUGUAAUUCAAGAUGAUGUCAGUCAUGGAGCUUCAGGAGAUGUUCAGGGAAAAAUGACCUUCCACAUACAGCCUCACAGCUCUGUCAAUGAACCCUCUCUCUCACAGCAGCAGCAGCAGAAGAGAGAGCUUGCUGAAGGCUGCUCAGAGAAGUUCAGAGCAGUUUCUCCUCGGCCUCUACCUGUUCCUUCUGAUGUGACCGCAAAGACAGCCCAGAGGGGUGCAGAGCACCCUGAGCCUGCAGAUAGUGCCAAACCCAGCCAAGCAGCCAUUCCAAAGGAGCGGCCCUUGUCAGCAAGAGAACGGAGGAGGCUGAAACAGUCUCGGGAGAUGCUUCCCUCUGUGGUUCCAGCGAGACAGGCAUUAAAUGGUGCAGUAGUUGAAGCGAAGUCACUUGUGGAAAAUUGUGUUAAAGUUCCCCAGUCCUCAUCGGAUCCCAGUAUUUCUCAGAGAAAGAAAGCCCAUUGCCUGUCUGAUGAUGAGCUAAGCUCUUCCACAAGCUCUACAGACAAGUCUGAUGGUGAUUCCAAGGAGAAGAAAAGCAGUGUGAAUGAAAUGAAUGACUUAGUGCAGCUGAUGACAUGGACACUGAAAAUGGACUCCAAGGAGAGCUCUGAGUGCUGUGUAACCUCAACCCCAGCCCCAGAGUUUAAACUUCAUAGAAAAUAUAGAGACACUUUGAUUUUGCAUGGAAAAUCACCUGAUGAAUCAGAGGAAUUAAAAAUGGAAGAGAUUCCUUCAGAUAUGUUAUCGGUCCCUUACAAGAUUAGGAGAAUGGUUGAAAUCCUGAGAUCUGAUGUGGUGCAAGGAUUGGGAGUGAAACUUCUUGAGAAGGUUUACAGAAUCAUGGAAGAAGAUGACGAAGCAAAAAGAGAGUGCCAGUAAAUGUUGUGGGUUUUGUUCUGUGUAUGUUCUCAACAGCUGCAGUUGCGGGAGCACAUGGGAGACAAGUACAUAAGUUACAGUGCGAAGGCUCGGCACCUGAAAUUCCUUGAAGAAAAUGUGAAGCUCUGACCAGAAUCUUUUUCUUGGAGAAAAGAACUGUUUUCUAGCUCCUUUGAUAGACUGGAACAGCUUACAAAGCACAUUUAUCCAUUGAUCUCCUUUGCUGGAAUAAGGAGGUGAACUUGCAGAAAAUGUUACAGUUUGUUGUAAUAUUUUUCAUGUUAAAAUGUGAACCAGGCUAUCAGUUUCUCAGAAGAGAAGCUGUUUAGUUUAGUUUUUAGUCCCUUAAAAAGUUGCUUUUCAUAGAUACAAAUAGGGCUGGAUACCAAGUUUUGUAUACUAAGGAGUGUCAAAAAAAAUUAUGUUCUGGUUUGAAUUUGUGAUAGCAAAAAAAGGUUUUUGGUGUGGGGUCUCAUACUAAGUAAAAAACAAAAUCU